AUGUACAUCGUAUUGUUUUUGUUGUUGGUACGUUUUUUACAUCUUUACAUCAUAGGACUUUAUCCUACCCUCGCCCUACUCUACUCUCGUCUUAUCCUACCCUAUUCUCGCCCUACCUUUUCCUAAUCUACCUCAUUGUACUCUACCCUAUUCUACCCUACCCUACCCUACCCUACCCUUCCUUGCCAUACCUUAACAUACCAUACCAUGCCUUACCCUUUUGCCUUUUCCAUUUAACUUUGUGUAAUAGAUCUGCACGGCCUCGGUACAAUCAUGGAACUGGCAAACGGACACGUGGUACGCACUCAGUUACCCACUAACCGUAAACCAAACCCUGACGAUUGGUGUGCAUCCGCACGGUAAAACUGAUUUUGGAAUCGACUAUGAGGGUGAGGACGGAGUCGUCAUGUUCCAUAUGCACUGUUACUACGACGUCAAUGAAGACUUCCACGAUGUGGUGCUGGCGGACCGUGGCAUACAGAAAAUGAACGUUAGUAGCAUCUAUCGUACUGUUUAUGUAAAGGAUCUGUAUCCGAACGAGGAGAAUGUGUUUUCGAUAAAGUACGAGAAGGCGAACCAAAUCCAUGCCAGUAUCAAUGGUUAUCAGUUUACCUGGUUUGUGAAUCUUCUUCCGGGCAAAGAUAUCAUUGGAUUCAAUACUGUUAUGAGUCCUAAUAUCACUUUUCUUCACCAUGAUUCUUAG